AAAGGACCUAAAUGAAUUUACAAAAUAAUGAGUUUUAAAGCUAAGCUUUGCUUCUUUCUUCUAUUUACAUUGACUAUAGUGUCCUCGGCUUGUAAGGCAAUUUCAAUUUCAUCAGAUGAGAUAUUGAUUGCUACGAAAGAAAGGUCUCUAGUGGCGAACAUUGAAGAUUACAGUGAACCAACCGCGAAUCGUGGCCAUGAUCCUACUUCAAGAGCUAGAGGUGGCGGCGGAAAUGGCCGUGGCCGAGGCCAUAGCAGAGGUCGAAAGGGUUAAUGAUAAUCGUACUUAAUUUUGUUUUUAAAAAAAGUGUUAUUGGCCGAUUAUAAUCUAAAUAUUUGGUUAAGUAAUUGUGCAUAUGAUGCUAAAGUUUUGUAGUGUAAUAACGUUGAUAUAGUAAUUAUUGUGAUAUAUGUCA